GAGAAACUUCGAAGUUAUGGUUCCAGUGACUAUUAUCCAACUCGCAUCGGCGAUAGGCGCUUUGACAGGCGCUAUGAGGCGGUCUAUAAGUUGGGUCACGGAAGUUACUCAACAGUUUGGCUUGCUAGGGACACAGAAUUUGUUGCCACGAAGAUCCUGACCGCUAAUAUUUCUGAAUAUUGCUCUGAAGGGAAUAUUAUACUCGUGUUGGAUCAAGGUAGUCUAAAGCUCCUAGCACGUGCAAGUAUGCCGGGCUAA